AUGGCCAUAAGGCUAGCGGAGAUUAUAGAGUUAGAGGAAGCAAGGGAAGUCGCCUUCACAACUCUCCAGGAUAGGCAAGAAGUCAUAAAAAGGUGGUUCGAUAGUAAAACGAGUUCUGAUGUUAUAUUCGCCCUCAAAGACCUUGUUCUGAAGUACAAUGAGAGGAUGGCGAAGCCAGGGAAAAACACUGUGAGGCAUGAGCCUCAAGACUCAUGGGUGGAACGUACCAACCCCCAGGUUGACGACCCAAGCAAAUAUGAAGUAAAUCAACUUAGAGCUAGCCUUGGAAAUGCACCCCUGGAUGAGCGUUUUGAGCAGGAAUGGAGUAAGGUAAAUAAAUCCUAUGAUGAGACAGGUGAUAGUUCCUCGCACAGAGACUCAUCUCCCAAGAUAGCUACUCAGCAGGAAGUUGGGAUUAUAAAUAUCGAAGGGCAGGAGCCAGAAAUCCUUCUUUCUUUAGAUAGUGCAACCCACAGACCUCAUUCACAGUCUAGUAAGAGGCGGUCUGAGAAGCAGUCUUCUGAGGCCCCCCUAAGGAAGAAGCCAUAUCUCAGUGGGUCAGAAGGGGUUGAACCUAAUACAUCAAUGACAACAUCUACAGAUCUUCAACCACUGCAGCCUUCGACCAAUCAGUUCCCAAGGUUGACAAGCCAGAAAUCUCAGAUGAGGCCCGAUGAUUAUGAGCUACAAGCAAUGGGUGUUAGUCUCCAAAGUGCCAUAGAAUCCGACAAGGUUGGAAUGAUGAAAGAAACUUCUAAAGCAGUGUCCACAGACUUUAUUAAGAAGAGUCAUCGUUCAGAAAAGCUCCAAGCAGAAAAUGUAUCACGGUUGGACAAGAAGAUGAAUUUUGAAGCUGAGUUGAAAGCAAGAGAAGCUAGUCUUGAACAAUCUGGCAAAUGCGUUUCAGAAUUGGAGACUCUUCUACAGCAGGAGCAGAACCAUACAUUACAGUUGCAACAGACCGUCAGGACUGGGGAGGCAAAAAUAUUAGCCUUAGAAAAUCAAGUGGCUAUUGAGCAAAACAAAAUCCAACAACUCCAGCAGGAGAUGAUUGGGAAAGAUAAUGAGAUAUCUCGAUUGAUGAACCUCCCACCCCCGCAACCGAUGGCUCCAGACUUCUCCACCAUGCUAACAGAGUUGUAUGUUUCCCAUUGGGAAAAAGUAAAGUAG